AUGGCAGAAAGCUGUGGGCAGGAGCAGACAAGGUGGAUAACGACGGUCAUUAUGAGCACAGCUCUGCAGGAUAAUGAAAUUUCUACAGUUCUGCAGAGGCAACAACACCGAGUUCGAUAUUCAGAAUCAGUGGAAACUGGAUCUGUGAUUUUUCCUCUUUCUGGCAUUGCAUUUAUUCUGUCAGACACUCAAGACUUGCUCAGGACAGGGGAAGAAGAGUUUUCCAAAAGAAUUCAGAAGUUCAUAAACAUCCAUCGGAACAGCUUUUUGCUUUUGUCAGCUGCUCUUCAUGGACCAGAAGAAUGGAGUGUCAUGUUCAGGAUUCAGAGAAGAUUCCUCGGCAGCAAUUUACGUGUAAUACCAGUUCAUAAUCCUGCUGAAACUGUUAAAUUAAUGCUAACUAUGGCUAAGGUAACUUCCAAGCCACAAGCAGAUGAUACUCGUUGCAAAAUAGAAAUGACAAAAGCCCAAAUAAUAGAAAAAAGUCCAGUUUGGAAGAUGCUUCAGGAGUACCAAUCGCACUGUAAUUAA